AUGUACAAUAAAUACUCCAGCAUCAGAAAACUAAGGAAACCCUUGAUUUUGUUAUUAAUAUUCAACACCCUAUAUUUGUCAUUUUAUCACUACUUUGGCAAUAAUGAUUCACAGUUGACCUUGUUGAAUAUACCACUUGACUCCACAAAUCUUUUAGCUGAAUAUGCUACAACCGAUGCAAAUUAUACCAAGGAAGUUGACGAACUUAUAGCGAGUAUCGAGCCACCAAUAGUGACGUCAGAAUACCGUAUUCCAAAAAGAACCAAUCAAAUAUUUCAGGAUCCUAGAUUGACGUUUGGUUUGAUACUAAAUUAUGUCAACCAAAACCCUUCUUCUAGUAUUCCAUUUCAUUGGGCCGAUUGGGUCGACUUGUCACUUUUAAAUAACCAGUUGAACAAACCGAUAGAAAAACGUCUCAAGUGUUUGGAUAUUCUCAACCAUAUUCAUCUACAAUUUGACAAGGAUAGGGAAUUGUGUAGAGAAAACACCCGUUACUUUGGCUGCGCUGAUAGUGAACUGCUAAGCGCGUCUGAAUUACAAGAGUAUGGUGUCGAUUCACACGAACAGUUGCCAGGAUUUAUACAGUUUGAACAUACUGUAUUUUCAUCUACCGAAUACGUCAGGAAUUUACAAGGGAAAACGUAUGUGUUAGCAAGUAUGCCUAUUCCAUAUAAAGUCAUAUUUAUGAACGAUAAGGGUGAGGAUCUUGUAUUUGAUGUCCAUAAAGAGAGAAUAGACAAACUAAAAGACAACUAUAAGAAAUCUAAAAUAGAUCCAGUGGUUGAAUUUGAAAAAUUAACCCAAGGAUCUAACUCUUAUAAACCCAAGCCAAUAAUAGAUAUACCCUUGAGUGACUUUGAGUAUGAAAAAGAGUUUGUCCUCGAAUCAAUCAAGAACUUGGAGGCGAAACCAGAAUUGAACCAACGCCAAAAAUCAUAUUUGUGGUCAAUGAAAAAAUCUAUUGCGAUUCAGGAAUCUCUGGACUCAGAAACAAGAUAUUUCAAUGAAGCGACUAUGACUGUGGGUAAUGGGAAUGAAGACUCGGGAUGGCAUUACGAUUGGAGAUUUUUCAAUGGGAAACUCAGAGAUGGUGCACGAACCGCUAUCAUAUUGGAACGAUUGCUUCGCAACUGGUUUAGAUUCACUGAAAAGUAUGGUGUUGUUAGUUGGAUUGCUCACGGCCCGUUAUUGAGUUGGUAUUGGAAUGGAGCCAUCUUUCCUUACGAUAACGAUUUAGAUGUCCAAAUGCCAAUAAAGCAGCUAGCAAGGUUGGGUGAGUUGUAUAACCAGACGUUAGUUGUCGAAGAUUUACGAGAAGGAUUUGGGAAAUAUUUAAUUGACGUGGGUACGUUUAUUCACAACAGGGACAUAUCAAACGAUGGCAAUCACAUUGAUGCUAGGUUCAUUGAUGUGGAUACUGGUGUUUAUAUUGAUAUUACGGGAUUAAGCAACGUACUAGUGAACAGAGCAUCAAGAUACGAUGGAAGAGAUAUUCAUGAUCGUCGAAAACAUUUUUAUAAAUUGAACGAUUUAGCACCAGUGAAAUUGUCAAUGCUAAAUGGAGUUCCCUGCUAUAUCAGCAACCAUAUUGUUCAGAAUCUCAAACGAGAAUACCGUAGCGGAAUUUCAAGAAAGCAGUAUCAAGAUUAUAUUUUCUCAAACAAGCUUAACAUUUGGGUCCACACACUGGUUUUGGCUGAGGCAUUGGAAAAGAAUGAUUACAUUAACAGUAGUGGUAAUAUCAGCCACUUGCAAAUGAAAUUUCUUAUCGAUGAAAUGACUGACGAUCAGAUUUAUCAAAUGCUUUCCAAUAACAAUCAACUAUUGUUGGAUUAUCAGUUGGCAAGAAGUGUAAGGAAAUUCCAUGCAAAAGAGCUCAAAUAUCUUACGUCAUUUACAAAUAAGGGUAGAGCGAUUGAUAACGAUGACAUAACAGAGGAAUAUAAAAACUUGUUAGGCACCGUCACUUUACAUGAACCUUUUAGAGAAUCAUUGUUUGAAUAUGAAAGGGUUAAUGGUGGGUUGGAUACGUUUUACGAAGAGUACAAUCGGGAGAUAGAUAGUUUAACAGUUUCAUAG